GUUCGGAGAUGCAUAAGCGGUCCGUAUGGUGUUUGUUUUGCUUAAAACUUUUGUCGAUGCAAGCAACUGCAGCCCUUUUCCCUCUAUUUUGUGUUUGCCGAGUGUUCAUCUUAUUGGUUGUUAGUGCUCGGUUCUAUGUGGACAACAAAACUCAUACCACAUCUUAUGGUUGUUACUGCUCGGCACGUCGGCGACUCAACGCAGGCCCUCGGCCCCAUCUUAUGGUUUUUUAUUAUAUCGGUUGCAUUUUUUCUGAUCGAAUUUAAGACGUUUCAUUUAUAAAGGGGAAAGAGUAUUGUAAGCUUGUAGCAUUGCGACGGUUUAUAAAAUAUAUUUCAGCGAUGAGUCAAAAACCCGUAAACUUACUUUUUUCGGAUUUUGACUUUCAAUUUGGUUGUGAAUAAUCUAAUAUUUUAAAAUGUGCCAAUACGAGUAAUGAAAAGUAACAUAAAAUGUUUUUUUUAUUUAAAUAUAAGCAACAUUUUUACUACCCUAUCAAGAGUGGAUAAUUCGAAUAUGGAGCAAGUUGAAAAGAAACGGAAAAUCGACAGUUGACGGCAAAUGAGAUUUCGCCUCGUUUCUUUGAUAAGUGGGCCUUUAUUUUAAAGAUUCAAGGCCCAUUACGGCCCAUCUUAUGUUCAUAAAUCCCUCUCAAAUUGAAAUUCAGAGAACCAUUUUGCCGCCCAAAUGUCAGAGCUCUUUCGAUCGCUUGUCCUGAACAGAAGGUUUGAUAACGCGACGCUACGAGUAUUGGAAUCAGCAUUGGUUUCGAAGGACGUAAAGUCGUCGAUGGAAGUCAGGUCCGGCUUCAGGCAGUUCAUGAAAUCUGAAUCCCUCUCUGUUCUGCGAGAAACUGCAGAGAAAAAUGUGGAGGAGAAGCUUCUGGUUCUCGAGUUUCUUGUUCGCGCUUUCGCACUAGUAGGCGAUGUUGAGAGUUGUUUGGCUUUGAGAUAUGAGGCAUUGCUUUUGCGGGACGUCAAAUCUUCGACGAAUCCGUGGCUACAAGUUUCUUAUACGGAAUGGCUGAAUUUUGCUCACCAGUCAAGAGAUAGUGGUUUCUAUUCAGUUGCAGGAAAGGCAUGUGAACAUGCAUUGGAUUGCAUUAAGAGGAAAUCUACUGAAGACCGUAAAACAGAUGAAGUUAACGUUAUGAAGAAAUCUACUGAAGACCCAAAAACAGAUGAAGUCCUCGAAAGUGUGCAAGCAAUUGAAAAGAUAAAGAGACUCAAGGAUUGUGCCAUGGCAUCUGCUUCUUCCCACUCUGUUCAAGCGCAGACGGCAGACUACUUGAAAAAGAGACUAAAGGAGAAGAGCACGGAGCGUCCUUUAGAUUUCAAGGAGCCAAAAUGUGUAGCAAGCACUUUGUUCCGAAAUGGAAUCAGAAGGCGGAAUCUACGAAAAUUGAACAUGAGUCGAAGCUUGCUGGGGAUGACUAAUGAAUCAUAGCCUAGUCCUUGUGCUCGUGGAUUCUAUUUGCAGCCUAGAAGGGAACCCUGAAGUUUGAUUUAGAGGUGCUUGUGUGCACCAAGUGCCUGAAUAUCUUAAUCAUAACAAAGAUAAGAUCUACAAUCACAACAAUAACAAUUGGUCUCAUGUAGUAUGUCUUACAUUGACAUUGUAGCUGUCAAACUACAGUAACAAGGGGCGGACUUGUAGCUUAUGUGGUUAA